AUGGCGAUCGUCGUGGUACUGAUUGGGCAGUGCGGCAACCAGCUCGGUGACGAGCUCUUCACGCAGCUGGCGCUGUGCACCUCCUCCGGCGCAUCAUCCGCAGCAGCCGAACCGCCGGCGCGUGCUGCGCACCCUUCUCCCUUCUUUGCGCGCGAUGGCAAGGCGCGCUGCAUCCUCGUUGACACGGAGCCGAAGGUCGUGCUUGGGGUGCAGCAGCGGCACCCUGACUUUAUUCGUGCGGAGAACGUGAUUCAUGGCCAGUCCGGCCGCGGCAACAACUGGGGUCUCGGCUACUACGGUGUCAAGACGGAGCAGAGCAAGCGCACGGAGCGCAACGCAGCCGUGCAGCGGGCUUUCCGAAAUAUCGCACGGGAUCAGCGCGAAGAGGACGACAAUGUGCUGGGAAAGGCAUUGCAGGCAAUUCACCGCGAGACGCGCCGCACACGCGACGCAGAGGAUGGCAGCGACAGCUUCGAGUCCAUUCUCGUUCUUCACAGCCUCGUUGGCGGGACGGGGAGCGGACUCGCGUCGAAGCUGACAGCGCGGCUGCGGCUCUACUUCACAGAGCCGCCGCCGGGCCAGCAGGUGGAUGAGGUGUACGAGUCCAAGAUGAUGCACUACGACGGCUUCGACAGCUGCGUGCAGGGAACGCAGCGGCGAGCGCGACACCUAGUAAACAUCGCCGUCGCCCCCCAGGCGCUAGGUGAGGUGGCGACGCAGGGGCUGAACGCCGCCUUGACGCUGCAGCACCUGCAGCGGCACGCGGAUGCGAUCCUGCUCCUGCGCAACGACGACGCGAUGGCACCCGGGGAACCGAGCGGGAGCAGCGCGUGCUCCGGUGCGUCACUGCUAACACGGUGCGUCACCUUUAAGGAGGCGAACGAGAUCCUCGUCGCGCUGCUGCUACCGGUGCUGGCCUACGGCCGGAAACCCGGUUGUAUCACAAAUCUUCUGAUCCAGUGCGUCCCUCCGACGUACAACCAAACCACAGGCGGCAACAAGAUACUCACGCUCCUUGCCGCGCCACAGCGCAGCUACGCCACCAUGCGGCAGUGCGUUCAUCGAGCGAUGUUUUUCAUCAUCAAAGGCGGAAGGACCUUUAUGCCCGGUUAUGUGCCGACGGUCCCCAUUGACGAGAUGCUGAGUCGCACAGCUCUCCGCAUUCAGGGGCGCGGCAGCGAUAACGCUCGGCGUGGUAGCGACAGAAAUAACACGAGAAGCGUGCGCGGGAACGGGGAUGACGGGGACGCGCAGCAUCGCCUCCUCGAUCACAACACGACGAAUCUCGGCAGCCGUCACCUGAGGUCUGACAACGGCGGUAAAGCCAGCGCAGGUACCGCCGCCCCAGCAACGCCCAGCCUUGCGUCAUGGCGGCGUCAGCGAUCCGCGCUACUCUCAGCGCCCUCUCCUCCAUCGCCACCGAGCGCGCGAAUGCGGGGCGGCGAAGCGUGCUUUCGGGGUUGCAAGGAUGACGACAGCGGGCGUGCCACCUGGAAUCGCGAAGACCUUGAAGAGCUCAACCAGCGCGUGUACCUCGAGUGUGCCACGACGAUUUCACCAGCGCUGUACCUGCACUACCUACACCUGCGUCGUGCACCGGUAACGAAGAUGUUCGAGGCGGUCGAUGGAGUACUUGUGCUGAACCAGGCCCUGGAGCUGAACAGGCGCGUGCUGCUCCCACUUCUCCGCUCGGCUGCACUGAAGGUGUCGUGUGGAGCCUUCAUGUCUGCCUACGAAGACGUUGGCGUGAAGUCAGAACAUGUGCAGCGGGCGUACCGCGAAGUCGCCGAGGUGCUGGCAGCAGCGGAGGAGCUCUAA